GCAUCAUCAUCAUCAUCCCUCCCAUCCGUCCUUUCACCCCACCGUCCCAUACUGAGCUGGUGGCUAGUUUAGCUUUAGCCUCCUCUCUGUUAGCAUCAUCUCUCCCUCUCUCUCCCUCUCUCUCUCUUUCUGCAGUGGGAUUGCCACAACAUCAAAGGCACCUCCCUCCUUCUCACUGUGCAUCCUCUGACAGAAAAGAAGAGAAGAAAGGAAUGAGAUGGACUAAAGGAUGAAGAGAGAUGUGUGUAAUUCAGUGAGUCCUGUCCACCCACAUUAGGAAUCGUGUACCUCUCCUUCUCCAACACCAUGAGUGUCGUAGCUCUCUCACCGGUGGCCCCUGAUCCAACCUCACCGAUGCUCACCUCCAUCACUCCUGUUACCCCAAACUUGGACCCUGACACCUCGAACUCACUUGCUGCUAUCAGUGCUGCUCCUCUCAGCCUGGAGCAUCAGCUGAAAGAUGGUUCUCCCUCACCGGGCCCUGGCCCCAGCCCGGGAAGCCCCGCUGAAACACCUCACCUGGGGCAAGACCUCUCCCGGAGGUCAAAGAAACCUCCUCCUCUCCAUACUGGAGCCGACUGGAAGGUCGUUCUCCACCUACCGGAGAUUGAGAAGUGGCUGAGAGCGACCAGUGACAGAGUGACGCAGCUCACACACUCUGUGGGACAAGACAGCAACAACCGGCACGUGGACGUCCACCUAGUGCAGCUCAAGGACAUCUGUGAGGAUAUCUCAGACCAUGUGGAGCAGAUCCACGCCCUGCUGGAGACGGAGUUCUCCCUGAAGCUUCUGUCCUACUCUGUUAACAUUAUUGUUGACAUCAGGACGGUGCAGCUGCUGUGGCACCAGCUGAGAGUCUCAGUUCUGGUCCUGAAGGAGCGUCUGCUGCAGAGCUUGCAGGACUCCAACGGAAACUAUACCCGCCAGACUGACAUCCUGCAGGCCUUCAGCCAGGAUCAGCACCAGACCCGUCUGGACGCUCUGACAGAGGUAGACGAUUGUGGUCAGCUGACUAUCCGCUGCAGCCAGGACUACUUCUCUCUGGACUGUGGUAUCACCGCCUUUGAGUUGAGUGACUACAGUCCCAGUGAUGAAACGGAGGUCCGGGUAACAGAGCCUAGUGGUGAGGACGCCCUACAGGACCUCAACCAAACCCAAGAUCCAAACCAGGAACCAGGAACUGAGGAGAGCAAAGGUUCCCAUCUGUCAAACCACAUAAUCCAUAACGGUUUACCUGAACACUCUGACUCAACAAACCAUAACCCUUCUCCAUCUAUAUUACCCACAAUGCAAUGUGGCAUGUCCAACCACAAUGAAAAUGCGAAGCGCCCUCUGCAGGGUGAGAGCCGCAGCACUGAAGUGUCGCCCACACAACCAUCGCUUCCCAAGCGAGCUGCUCUGUUCUCAGAUGGAGCAGCCAGGGUGGAGGACUUAGUGGGAGGUUCGGCGAAGGUUAGCCCAUUCUCAGGGAUCCAGUUCCAGUCUGAGCUGAGCCGAAGCACCCCGUCUCUCAUGGAUCCUCCAGACCGCUCCAAGUUCUGGUUGGAGCUGGACUCGGUCUAUCCGGAAAAUGUUUCACAGUCCUACGAGAGCCUGCAGGUCAUGAAUGGGUGCAACAUACAUAGAAACCAUGCGGGUUCCAGAUAUGUAGGACACCCAGAUGGGAGUGCACAGAGGCUUCUGCCUGACCAGAGAAGCUCAUCUGGGGCCAGACCGACCACCAACGCCCCCCUGCCUUUGCAGAACCUGAUGUCUCAGAGUGAAACAUCAAAUGAAAUGGAGAGGAUGCAGAAGGAGACACAUACACACAGUGAGGGGGACUCUGACUCCCCCUUGCCUUCUCCCAUGAGGGAGCAACCUCUCUCCUCAGACUUGGAAGCAUCAGGAGAGGAGUCGGACCCCCGACCGCCUCCUGGCAAGACGGCGGUCUGGAUUGUAAAGCGCCAGGGUCAGAGGGGAACCCACGUCUCAUCAAAAUCCAGCCCAGACAGGGAGCACUGGUAUGGGUCUGAAGAGUUCCUGGCUCUCCCUGCUCAGCUCCGCAAAACAGAGAUGCUUGCUAUGAAACUAGAAAGCCUGACUCAGACCAUCCCCUUGAGACCAGAUGGCUCCACCCAGGAGGCUUUGCAGGAUGUGGAUGAUUGGGAUUUGACUGAGCUCAACCCAGACUGGGAUGUAGGGGAGAGCAGGGACAACGCGAGCAGUGUAGUGGACAGUGGGGAUGACAUUCCUUCUCCUCUGCCAUCGCUGCUUGCUCACAGGCGAAACUUGCUCGGCCGCUUUAGCCCCAGUUCCUCCAGCGAUGUUGCCCCCUCACUGGAUGAAAGCAUCGAGUCGGGCCCGUUAAGUGACCUGCAGUCUGAGGAGGAUGAGGGUCGAAGGUCAGCAGACCAUCAGCUUCAGCUGACCACGCGCCCGAUGAAAGGGCGUGGAUGUGCAUCUCUGGUGCAACAGCUGCUGGAUGACAUUCACAGUCACGACAAAGACCCUGAUAUCUGGAAGAAGAUUGAGUAUUUCGUGCGGCAGUUGGACGGGUUCAUCUCGUGGCUUCAGGAGGCGCUGGACAGCACAGAGAACUGGAUGCAGCCCAGACAGGACCUGGAUAGCCUGAGGGUAUACCUAGACACACACCUGAGUUUCAAGCUAAACGUGGACAGUCACACCGCUCUGAAGGAAAGCAUUAUGGAAGAAGGCAAAGCGCUGCUCAGCAUCAUCACCUUCCAGCAGUCUGGUCUGAAGGAUAUCCUCCAUAUGGUUUCCAGCCAAUGGGAUCAGCUCCAGCGGCAGAUCCGGCGCCAGCAUAGCUGGAUGCUCCGUGCCCUCCGCUGCAUCCAGGCCCGCCUCCUCUAUACCAACCAGUUACACGAGCCCUUCAUGGCCUCAGGGGAACUGUCAGCCAAUUGGCUGCCUUCUUGCCCAGCUGACGGCCUCAAGGUGGAGCAGAUCUCUAGUCAGUGUGAAGCCCAGCGAAUCGCCUUGGAGCAGAUGGCAAUCAAGCUCAGCAGCCUGCACUACCCCUCAUCCACCAACAGGGGGCAAUGCAGUCAGGUGGCCAGGAACAACAGUCUGCAGGAGUUUGAGGCAGAAUACCAGGAGCUGUGGGAUUGGCUGAUGGACAUGGAUGCCAUGGUAACAGACAGUCAUCAGCUGAUGUUGUCAGAAGAACAGAGACAUCACCUCUUCAAGAGCAGCCACACUGAGCUGACGAUGAUGGAGAGCAGGAAGACCAACCUGCUGGGCCGAGCCGAGUCUCUGAAGAGGAGUGGCGCUGAACUACCCAGCAACUUCCACUGCAAAAUACACAACCUGACGCACACGUGGAGACAGCUGGAGAAAAUCCUCUCCAAACAUGCAGGACCCAGUUCUUCCGAGCAAAACCAGUCAUCCAACAUGAAAGGUCAGCUGGUUGGAGGUCAAGGUGUCACUGUGGAAAACCCUCGCUCCGCCCUGUCCCCGCUUACCAACUCACUCCUGGAGCAGCUAGAGGCUCGCAUCAAGGAGCUGAAGGCGUGGCUGCGAGACACUGAACUGCUCAUCUUUAACUCCUGCCUCAGGCAGGACAAAGAUGCUUCAGAGCAGCUCCAGAGCUUCAAGUCCCUGUGUUCGGACAUACAAGCCCGACGGCGUGGAGUCUCCUCUGUUCUGAAACUCUGCCAGAAGCUGCUGCAGCAAAGCCAGUCGGGCCCCAUGGCUGAAGUGGGCCCAGAUGCGGAGCAGCACAGAGAGGCCCUGCAGCUGCUGUCUAUCAACCUGGAGAGAAGGUGGGAGGCGAUCGUGAUGCAGGCGCUGCAGUGGCAGAACAGACUGAAGAGAGAGCUGGGAGAGCAGCAGGUUCCUGGGAACUUUUUGGAACCAGGUUUGGUGGACCUCCACCAACUCAGCCCAGUCUCUGCUGGUCCAGUGGCACCAGUGCAGGAUGACUCCUGGGAAUGGGAUGAAACCGAUAUGACAAUCACGGAAGCAGAACCACAAGAUGUACUAGAACCUGACCUUACACACAACCUCCCCACAGAACCAAAUCUUCCUUCAGACAAUGUUCUGUCCAAUGAAAAUCAACCUGCCAUGGUUAGAACCACUGUCCCAGCCACUCAGUGUCCUGAGAUAAUGCCAAGAGGUGGAUCAUCGUUGGAGGUUCAGCACAAUAUGACCCCCCAAACUGCACCCGCUAACAACAAUAACAUAUACCAAGUGUACAGCCUCCACAAUAUUGAAUUGUACAGACAGCCUCAGUUUCCUUACACUUCCUCCUUACUGCAGAAAAACAAAUCAGGGAAACGGAAACAGCAAGUACUGCUGAAGAGUUUGAGUAAGGAUUCCUCUUUCUCCUCCAUCGAAUCCCUCCCAGACCUCCUGGGAGGUUUGAUGUCAAACAGCCGUGGAGGAAGAAACCGAGGUGGAGGCAGUGAGGGUGGAAGAGGAAGCGGUCAGUCAUCAAACAGUCGUCGCUCAGAGUGCGAAAGCGGGAUUGUCAGUGAUACGGGAGACACAGAGACAACAACCAACUCUGAAGUCCCAGGAGAGGAAGAAGAACUAGGGAAAGAAGAGGAGGAUGAAAAUGAGCAUGGGAAAGGUGAAGCUGUAGAUCAGCACACAGACAGUGGUACCAAGUACAAUCACAAAAGCAAGUCAGAAAUGAACAAGAACAAAGGAUGGAGGAGGAGUGAACUUGGAAGUGACACCAAAAGAAACAGAGAGGUGGAGAAGAGGAGAAGGCACAGGAGGGGAGGUGGAGAGGCUGUUGAAAUCCUAAUUAAUGGACGUGGCAUCCUGACACCUGCAGAUUCUGACUCUGACUUUGAGGUGGGGGGACCUGUUAACUCCUCAAAAUUUUUCAUGUCCCAUAGUGAUGACUUCAUGAUUGAGCAGUAUAAUGGUUUGGAAACUCCUCCUGUCCUCAGCCGCCGGGCAUCAAGUCCAGUUUUAUCUCAAGGCUCCUCUCUAGAGUCCCUUCUGGCUCCGGGUGUGGAGUUAUUCCCCUCCAAAGAGCCACUGCACCGUAGUGCCUCUCUGGAAAGUGGCCUGAUCCUAUGUCGCAGUAGUGAUGGUGAGAUUGGAGGUAGUCUUGCCAGUCUUGGUGAGCUGGAGAAAGAGCAGAAAAGUGGAAAUGAUGGAGACCAGCAAAGAAAGGAAACUAACACUGAAAUUGUACAAGGAGAACCUUCCUCUGGGGAGCUGAGCCGGAGAACCCUUGAUCUCUUGAAACGUCUGGAGAACAUCCAGAGUCCUCUGGCAACAAAGAUGACCCGGAGUGUUUCUGACGUGACACUUCAGGGGAGCUCCCCACAGAGGAGCCCACUCCCUGCCUCACCCUCUCUCGGGGGUCGACACGCCCCACUAUCCGGGAUUUCAUGCUCUUUGCGGAAAGGGCCUCCAUCACUGAUCAAUGAGAGUUCAGCAACAGCAUCCCUAACAGAGCUGAGCAGCACUGAGGAGUCAUCGCUGGGCUCUGAAGAUUUGGUCAUACUCAGAAAUCAGAAGCACCUUUUCCUGGAUCCCACAGUGGCAGCCAAUGCAAACUCUUCCAGAAAACGGUGCCAUGGCAUGAGCAGAGGAGGGCAAGGCGUGGAUGAAGCUGAUGCAACCAGUUUGAGCAUGGUGGUGAACGUCUCUUGUACAUCAGCGUGCACAGAUGAAGAUGAGGACGACAGCGACCUCCUGUCAUCCUCCACACUCACACUCACAGAGGAGGAGCUUGGCAUUCGGGAGGAAGAGGACGAAGGAGACAGACUGAGCGGUGCAUCCUCAGGUCAUGAGGAUGUUGAGGAAGAUGAUGAAGAAGAAAUGGAGGGCUCUUAUGCACUGCGUCUUGAGUACAUGAAGAAGGAGCUCCAAAAUUGGAUCCGAUCUCCUCGUGCCUCCUCUUCUAAAACAGAAGCAGUCCUCCGGGAUGAGCUGCAGUGUGGAGCCAACCUGUCCUCCUCCUUCACAUCUUCCCCUCAGAUUAAGGAGCAACGCUGUUUUUUAAGCCGCUCAGCUGCAAAAUUAUUAGAUACCAAUAGCGAUGAUGGCAAUAAUAAAGUGAAGACAGAAAAGAGAGGAAAGGAGGAAGAGGAGGAAAACAGAAGGAACGCGACAAGAAGCUACAUCAGCCAGUUUGUGGACGAUGUGGAGAAUGGAAAUGUGGACCAGAGCUGUUUAAAGGGGAAGGAUGAAGAUGAUGAGCUCCUCCGAGAGGAGUCCAGCAUGUUCACCAAGAAAGGAGAGUCUCUAAGGGAUUCAUACAUGUUUGCCAAAACAGGAGAGCUGGUUCAAGAUGUUAGCAACUUGAUUGUGAUAACAGAAUCAACCACAACAAAGGAGCUGUGUUCAUCUCCAUCCUGUGAGCUGCUCUCUUUCCCUUCCAAGCACGCUUCCUCUUUGGUGGGGCAGCUUCGGGGAGAGUUGCCCUGUCACAGCUCCUCCCUCCCUUCUCCUCCUUCCCUCUCUCCAGUGGAGGACUGCAGAUCCCACAACACUCUGCACAACAGCCGGCCAGCAGCCAGCAGAAGGAAGGCCAUCACCAGUCAGGAAAAGUUCAGAUUCUCAUCUGUUGUGACGGAGGAGACGAGGAGUGAAGUCAGAGACAAACAUUCAUCCCUGCUUCCCAAAAAAUGGCACAAUUCUCACUCUUCCUGCUGCAAGCACCUUCCUUCCCCCUCUUCCCUGCAUCCACGCAGUGUAGAAGAAAACAGGAAAGAGAACGUGCAUGACUUUGUGAUGGAGAUUAUUGACAUGACUUCACUGGCACUGAAAAGCAAAGAGAACCAGACUGAAGAACUGAACCAGACUGAGGCCAAUGGGCCAGUUCCAGACCAAGGUUCUGCAUCACUAGCACAGAUCAGAGACAAGGUGCUCGAACACUCCCACAGACCCCUCCACCUUAAGAAGGGAGACUUCUACUCCUAUCUGUCUCUCUCAUCCCAUGACAGCGACUGCGGCGAGGUCAGUCAGUGCACUGAGGACAAGAGCUCCACCCCAGCACCCUACAGCAUCCCAUCAUACGUCACGCCAACACAAGGUCUCCACAGCCCGAGCCCUGAGCUGUUCACAAGCACCAAACUGCAAACUUCCACUUCAGCGCAGUCUUCUAAAUGCUCCUCUCCUGGUCUUGGCGACAAAAACAAAGUCCGCCGUCUUGAUCUAAAGUCUGCUGACAACGAAGCUUUCAGUUCUGUUAAUGGUAUCCAUGUUGAAGAGCAAACUAGCCCCUCUCUAUCCCUGCCUCCCAGCCCUGACAUCAGGGAAGAGGUGACUUUGUUUGAAGCCUGUACAGAGGAGGUUUAUCUAGGUCCGCCUCUCUGCUACAGCAUGGUGCUCACCAAGAAACCACAACGGUUCUUUCUGAAGGAGAAUUUUGAGUCCUCCCUGUCAUUUGGCUGUGAAUUGAAUGGCAGCGCAUCUUCCUUGCCUUGCUUAAACAACAAUCUUCAAUAUGUGUCUGACGAUGGGCCUAAUUCUACACCAGACAGUCUGAGCUACCUGUCCCUCUCAAAGCAGACUAUGCUGGCAAAAAACAAGGAUCAACUAUAUUUCCAAAGAACAAGUCCAGCAGAGGAGACACAGAACUCUCCCUCUACUUUCCUGGAGCCUUGUUACAGCUCAUUUUCCACCUCCCCGCCCUCAACAAGCAACUCCACCUCCCUCCAGGGGCCUGGCUCCAAACCAAAAGACUACCCUUCCUCUCCUCCUCCUCCUCCUGUGUCCUCUGGCACAGAGGAAGAGAAACGAGGUGAGGACCCAUACCUCCUCUGUGAUGUUGCUGGAGGAGAAGUCGCGGCCGCUGCGAGUGUCAGCACGCCGCAGGAGGAGAGGAGUCGUAAUGAGGGGCCUCCUUAUCUUAAUCCCCGGGCGCGUGUCGCCCCGAUAGACUCCUCCGCAGCUGAAUGUUUGGCAGAUACUAAAACGCUUGAAUCCAAUAUGGGCACCGUAAUGACCAAGAUAAGUGUCUGCAGCUCCGCUACAAAUCCCUCAAAAGAGCCAGCCACCACCGCCACGCGUAUUAAUCCCAAAAUUAACUGCUUGGCGAUGAGAGAAGCAGAUAGGGGAGAGGGGGAGAGGCAAGGGGAGGUGGAUACUCAGCGGGUGAAGUCAGAGGAGAAGGGGAGGAGAGGACGGAGCAGCUCACAGCAGGAAGCAAAGACUGCGACAGCGAAGCAGGGAAGCUCUCGUUUAAAUGCCAGGACAGCCCAAGAGCGGAGCCACGUCUCAGUGAGACAGCCCACCUUGAGGACGGGGACAGUCAGGAGAGGAACCGUCUCGGGGACAGGAACCUCCAGGAUCCAGCAGUAAGGGAGCUCCUUUGAUCUUUUCAGCAGCGAAUUGAUCUUUCCUCUGGGUCUCAUCGCUCCGGAUAGCCGCUCUGUGUUCCUGGAGCUUUUCACAUUCAUGAUCUCUCAGUUCCUACUGUUGUAAUUGAAGACUGACUCAUCUAAUCGUUUCAGGGUGACCUUCAAAUUGAUUAUCAGCUGAUUCUUUGUCAGACUCUUUAUGUCUUAUUUCAGGGUUGAGCUUGUGAUUAUGCAGCAGCUUUGGGGUUUGGCUGAACAUAUUUAUGAGUUAAUCUGAGGACAGUAUAUAGAAUUUAAAGGAAAGGAAAGACAUUAAGAGUAAGUUUAAGAGUUUAGAAUUAGAAAGAAACUGUGGUAGUAAAAUUAUGUCAAACAAUUUACAAAUGGUCUCAAGGUGACUAAGGGCAGAGAGAUAUUACAUAUGAGCCAUGACUCAUAUAAUUUAAUGUUGGAUCUGUUACAUAAGUCUGGACUAAAGAGGAAAAUACACUGAACAACACAGACUAGCUUUACUGUCUAAAUGCUGGCAGCUCAAAAUCAGCCUCAUCUUUAUUUUGUUAUGGUCUCUAGACCUAAAAAGGACUACUUAAAACAAUUCAGUGUUGCUACUUGAGCUUUUAAACUUUGUGUUUAAAACUGACUAAUGUGAGGUGUUCAAAUGAGGUGGAAUUUACUGUUUCCUUUCUGUUUUGAAUUCCUUUUUUUCGGACAGUUUGUUUUGUUUACCAGAGGCUGGUUUUUCCACAAAUAACAACAUAUCCAACUAAUACACAACGGUGAUCUGGUUCAGGUUUACUGCUAAAUUCAUGUAGUGGCAGUUAGGCUCAAAUAAAAUGUAAAAUGUUUGAAGAUUUAAAAGGGCAAGAGGCAUAAAGACUGAAGACAAAGUGACUGAGGGAAACAACUGACUUUUAUGCUAACUGUCCAGUCAAAGUUUCACUUUUUUAAUUUCUAAACUGGAGCUCUGAGUUUGUCUGUUUUUCUGUUUUUCCACAUCGCCUCUUAAAAGCCUCUGGUUCUGUAAUACUCUGGAGCUACCUCAGUAUUGUUCUGACACCAUGCAUCUUAUCUUUACCCAGUCUGCAUCUUGCUGGGUCUCGGUUCUUUUACGCUGCAGUUGUAAACACUGUUUUCUUACAGCACACUGCUUAAAUCAUAUGCCGCAGCGUUUCAGCACAAGUAGCAUGUCACUUCCUAAAAAUAACUCCUCCUCUGUGUUUCUAGAUUAUGUAAGUAUUCAUAAUCUGCUACUGUCACUUGGUCAAUCUCUUUAGGUCUGCUCUCGGUGGUUGUGGUAGAAGCCCGUCAUUGUGGUAGAAACAGCACUAAAACUAUAGACUGUGAGUUAUGGUGUAAGUCAGUGCACAAAAUAAUAUUGGAUAACUAAGCCAUGCUUCUAUAAUCAAAUAAAGCAAACAAAAUUUAUUUAAGCUAUCAUGAAGUACGAUUUGAAGGGUGGGAAGAACCCCAGUCAUGAUUUACAGAUACAUGUCACUGAUGAGAGAAAAAAUGAAAGAAAUUAAGUCUCUUUUAAUAUUAACCACACUAAAAACACCCUUUUUGGCAUUAAUUAGCUUUAUUAAACUUUUUUUUGAUUAACGUACAAAGACAACACAGUCAUAUUACACUGUAUAGACAGAAGUAUAUUUGGACUGAAAGAAGUGAUUAUUAGGGAUGUGUGUGACUAAUUGAAGUGUUACCUUUACUAGUUAGCUCCAGAAAUACCAGUGACUUAAAGUAAUUAUUCAUAUUUUAGUAUAAUAAUUCAAUUCAAUUUUAUUUAUAUAGCUCCAAAUCACAACAAACAGUCACCUCAAGGCGCUUUAUGUUGUAAGGUAAAGAGUGUACAAUAAUACAGAGAAAACCCAACAAUCAAAACGACCCCCUGUGAGCAAGCACUUGGCAACAGCUAGCUUAGCAUUACUAUUAACUUAGUAAACUGUUAGUUCUGUGCAGUCACCAACAGAAGACAGCAGCACCCUGCUCUCUAAGCGGUUGUAUGCAGGCUUUGUCAGAGUAACCAACCAGAGCAAUAUGUAACCACAUUCUGCAUUCCGCUCAUUCUCUGUGGACGUUAACCUAAAAGGAAAGAAGGCUCUUGGUGCCAUGGAGUCUGCAGUGCUAGCACUGCUCAUGCUAGCACUGUUGAAGUUAGCCACACUUGGCAAACUAAUCUGACUGUGUGCCUAAUGUUAUGCACGGAGCCACAUAUUUCAGCAUCAUUUAAAACACAGUUUGAUUGUUGAAGAAUGUGGUUAACUAUUUAAAUGGCUCUAAAAUACAUGUUUGUAUCAGACUGGUCCACUAGUCUGGCUAAUUUUCUCUGUUUAAUUGACUGGUAACAUAGUCACCAGGAACAUCACUUGUCACUACCUACAACACAGACUGAAGAUAUCUGACACAGUCGCAUCCUUCUCAUUCAUUUGUAGGGGUAAUUUGGAGUCGUCUUUUUGUAACAUUACUAAAUCUCAAGACCUGACCCCACAAAUUCAAAAAUGGGCAACACUGUUUCUUUUUUCAAAUGCCUAAUACUGUUACUCUUCUGGUAAUUUCUCUGAAUGUGAAGUGCUUGCUCCUGAAUUGAUGUACUAAACUGAAGGACUGGUUUGGGGUAUUUACUGACCAGUUCGUUUUUUUGUGAAAAUUACGAAAAGAGACAGAAUAGGAGUAAAGUUGUCUUUGUUUUAAUUCCAGUUAUCUGAUUAUGACUCAGUUCUCAAGUUUUUUUUAAAUAUAAAUGUAUAAACGCAGGUUUUUUUUUUUUUUGAGAAAGAGUUUGUCUACUUUUGCAGCUAGAGUGCAGCAACCUAUUUUUUCCAGGGCCCCCCCAAGUCAAGUAAUUCUCUUGUCCAAAGGCUCUUUCAGAUACAUGAGAAGUACUGCCUGAUAAGGUCAAAAUUUUGAGGAAGGGAAGUUCCUUGAUAAUUGUCCUGCUUUACAAACUCAUUGAACAUACCCUUAGCCAUGUCUUGUAGGGUAAAUUUGGAUGAUACUAUAGUGAAUCCUCAGUUUGAGAAAGCAUGUGUUUAGCCUGUCUUUUUCAGAACCAAUGUCCCCUUUCAAAGUGCUGCUUGAUUAGUAAACCAAAUAUACCCCCCCGCCACACACACAAAAUUCUCUACAAGCAUUCAUUUAUUCCAUGACAGUUCAUAUUUACCACUUUAUCAGCUAUUUAAGAGCAGCUAUAAGGCGGUAAAGUCCAUCUAAAUACAUGCGGAAAAAAAUCUUUCCCCUGCCUGCUAGGACCAGUGUUUGCAAAACUGCAAACUGAACCAUGUGUCCAAAAACAAAACAAAACAAACAAAAAUUAAGUAAAAACAAAACGGUAUUCUAUCUAUGCAACACGACCAAAGUUGGUGAAAGCUGAAGUGGUGUUGUAUAGGCAUAUUAAGGUUUGACAAAUGUUGGUGGGGCGUGUGUUGUAUUAAUACUGCUGUAUGUAUUUACACGAAUAUUGUACCAUGUAUCAUUUUUAUUUUUUACCUUCUGGAUGACUCCUGAGAUGAUGAUUAGCAGUGACGCUAGAGUUUGGGAUUGGUGCCGAGAUAGGUGCGCGUGUGUGUAGUACAAUAUAGGAUUUGAAAUCUUUAAAGUAUAAUUGUGUGCCUUGCUCCACUUUUACUUCUCCUACCUUUUUUUUUUUUUCAAAUAAAUACACAGCUUUCCCAGGUAGAAAACAUGUGACAUGCAAGAAAAAACAAAACAAACAAAAAAAAAAGCAACAACAGCAAGGUUCACAUUGAGCUUGUGUAUAUAUGUAAAGGUGUAAAACCUUGGUGUAAAAUGCAAGAAGGAGGAAUGCUUGGAGUCUGUGUUUUUCUCUUUAUGUGAUCUGUGAUGUGAAAUAUCUUUAUUAUUAGUACUGCCAUAAAGAGCUUGAGUGCAUGGUUCCUGCUAACUAAAGCCAAC